CGCCCCUCACUCUCACCUUUCAAGGCCUCUCAGCGUCCUUCCUACACUCACUCCUUCUCAUCUCAUGUUUCCCUCACUCUCACACAGCUCUAGCUCCCUCUCUGCCUCACUAGCUCUCUUGUUCCUCCCUCAUGAUGUGUCCGGAGCACAUCACAGACAUCACAGUUUCCCCCGCACAGCAUCUGAAUGGGAAAGACAUAACGUAACGAUGUGGCAACAGUGGUGGUGGUGGCAUUACUGGCCCCGCCCCGUCCCGUCUCUCCCCCGGCAGGUGUGUGUGUGUGUGUUUAUUCGAUCACAGCUCUUGUCCACCUCUCGCCUCUCCUUCGCUCUCUGCCGAGGCCUGGGAGGGGGCGGUCAUGGCCUCCCGCGACUGCCAGGUGUGUUUGGAGCCGUACGACGAUGAAAAGAAAAGGCCUCGCUGCUUCAGCUGCGGCCACACGCUGUGCACCACCUGCGUGGCUGACUGCCUCCUCCGCGGCGCUCUGGUGUGUCCUUUCUGCCGCCUCCCCCAUGCCGGGAACGUCUCCAGUGCCACCGACGUCCCUGUCAACUACACAGUGAUCAACCUGCUGCAGGACUCCUCCUACGCCCACUCCUCGCAGCGCUCCGACGCCUUGCUGGCGGAGGUGAAGAAGGAAGCCAAUGAAUUCACAACAAACCAGCUGGUGACCUGCAAUUGCAAGAUGACGAGGCUACAAGACUUCCAGCAGCGCCUGAACGAGCAGUGCAGCGUUCACCAAGUGCACGUGCAGGCCCUCAGGUCCCUGGUGGAGCGGCACGAGGGCCUCCUGCGGGACAUGACGGGCGCGGCGGAGCGUGUGGCCGCCACCAUCUCCGAGGGCAGGGAUGUGAAAGCCAAACUGGAGGCAGCGCAGGCCAAAGUGAACGUCGCCACCAACCUGCUGCAGGUGACGGCGGCGCACGAGGAGGACAGCCGCUACAGGAACACCGUGAUGGAGUGGGACGCCGCGGCACAGAGCCUCCUGCAGUCCCAGGUGGUGGCGGCGGCGCGGGAACUGGAGUUCGUGACGGCCGCCGCCCUGCAGGCAGUGGUUGAGCGAAGUAUGUCCGCUGCCACCGCGGCCGUCACCCCCACCAAAACGUUCCAGCCGCCGCCGCUGCAGGAGAGCCCGUGCCUGGUGGAGGACGUGAAAUGGUUUUUGCAGCCGGUGACCGAGCCGAGCAACACCCAGCAGCUAGUGGAGCAGGUUGUGAAGCAGGCGCGGCUGGUGGGCAGCAGUGUGUGGGCCGUAGUCACGACUGGCGGCAGGACUCGGUGUGCCAAGGUGGUGCAGCGCGGCGACCACCUCUACCUGUCAGCCCUGCGGGAAGGGGAGCCACCCCUCUACUCCCACACACUGCCGUACGAGGAGGUGCGGGGCAUGGUGGAUGAGGCGUGCCCCAAGGUGUUCAUGGAGGUGUCCUGGGGCGGCAAGGUGCAGGGCCACGCUGGGAUCAAGCUCACCAGCACGGCCACCAGGACCCGCCACUUCUUCUACCUGUGUUCGGGUGAGCUGGGUCCCUCUUACGCCAACACGCGCCUGCUGGAGGUGGAGAGCCGCGGCCGCCUAGGAGAGAGAGUGUGGGGCGGCGACUAUCAGGCCAACGACGGCAGCGGGGGCGCGGCGCUGCAGGGCUUUACCAUGGGCGAGUUGGCGGCACAGUCAGUGACGGCUGGCCUGGUGGCGGGUUUCUGCUACGGCAGCGAGGACCACCACAAGCCGUCACACUUCGUGGUCUACAAUAACGACUACCCGGUGGCCUACGAAGAAUGUCCCAUCGGGAUGGUGGAGGACGGCAUCGACCUCUUCCGCUCCGUCGCCAAGCUGAGCAACAUCCGCGACGUUACAAUCAGCGACUGCGGUCUUUUGCUGACCCUGUGACGACCUGACUUAGACGGAUAGCCAGUGCCAAGUCAUCCCUUCGAGGCACUAAGGGUCGUUUAGGGCAAGGCGACUCGGUGCAGGUCGGGGAGCAUCGUUCCCUUGAACCAGACACUGCUGGGUCAGUGUGCCAUUCCAGGACGUGACGGACAAACCCACAGCAAGGGUCUGAGGGCCGGCGGUGACGGCGAUCUUCGUGAAGGAAUCAUCUUCCACAGAGGUGAUUAAAGACUUCACCGGAGCUAGGUAGCUAAGCUCUGCUAAAGUUUCGCCGUGAGCGUGGAUUGAACUCGCAACAUCUCAACCCGAGCCAAGCACAAUAUCCACAGAGCAACCCAACCCUAUCCAUAGAGAUUAUGUGUACUUGCGACUAGCUGUGUGUGCGUGUGUGUGUGUGCAAAAUGUCUUUGCUCAAUCGUCCAAAGAAGCAUGACCCUUCCCCAUGUCAGACGACGCUGCUACCAUACAACCACAGCCCCGCCCCAUUCAUCUACACACACACACAGUUCCGGGGGUGGGGUGUACUCACAAGGCUGCCCCCACCACUCACUGUAGGCGGCGGCGCAGGUGGUGGUGAUGAUCGUGUAGGUGGUAUUUCCUUCCCCUCAACAGCUGGCUCGUGACACGUGACCACUCGCACGCCGCCGCCGCCAGUCCACUGUUGUUAUCACUAGGCGCGUAACUGUUAUUGCUUCAGCUGGUGCAUGUAUCCUCCAGCUGAGAGAGAGAGAGAGAGAGAGAGAGAGAGAGAGAGAGAGAGAGAGAGAGAGAGAGUAAUAAAAUUGUUAGUGAAUUAUUGCUCUAUCUGUUAUGAAGUAUACGUCUGUUAUAACUUGUAAAGUAUUUUAUAUUCUAUCCGAAAUAAAAUUUAUUAUACUCAUGAA